AUGCCAUCCUUCAUCGUAUCCUCAAACGAGAAGAUGGUCUCACCAUUUCUUGGGACGGGCAUUUUUAUGCCCACCUGUUCACCUGCAGUCACAUACCCAAGUCUUGAUCGACCUUCAAUCACGCUGAUAGGGCUUGUUUCUUCUUCUCUUGACAAAGAAGAAGCAAUUUCUGUGACCAUGAACUGA